CAGAUUGAUGAACUCAAUCAAAACCUUACUGGACAGCUGGAGAUGCUCAGUAAAGAUAAAGAUGAUGUCACAAGAGAGAAGGAUGGACUACAAGGACAGCUGAAUGAUGUCACAAGAGAGAAGGAUGGACUACAAGGACUGCUGAAUGAUGUCACAAGAGAGAAGGAUGAUCUUCAAAAGCAGACUGGACAGCUGGUGGCGGCCAAAAAGCAGAUUGAUGAACUCAAUCAAAACCUUACUGGACAGCUGGAGAUGCUCAGUAAAGAUAAAGAUGAUGUCACAAGAGAGAAGGAUGGACUACAAGGACAGCUGAAUGAUGUCACAAGAGAGAAGGAUGGACUACAAGGACUGCUGAAUGAUGUCACAAGAGAGAAGGAUGAUCUUCAAAAGCAGACUGGACAGCUGGAGAAGCUCAAAAAAGAUAAAGAGAAGCUCAGAAACGAGAAAGACAAGGUCAUAAGAGAGAGGGGUGAUGCCCUGUUUGUGGACAGACACAAGGAUCACCUCAUUCAGAAGGUUUCCGAGGGGAAAUCUAUAGCAUCUGAGCUGCACCAGAAGGACUUGAUCCCUGAUGAGAUGAACUCUCAGAUCAGUGCUGCCGGGACCAGCCAGGACCAGAUGAGACUGUUGUUCUUGGCCCUAGAAGAAGCAGAAAACACAACAAGAGUGAAAUCAGCAUUUUACAGGAUUCUACUGGAUCUGGAACCUGACGCUGUCAAAGACCUGGAUAUAUGUGAUGACGACAUUGGUGGAUCUGAUGACGACAUUAGUGGAUCUGAUGACGACAUUAAGAACCUCAAAAAAGAGAACGAGAAGCUCAAAAAAGAGAACGAUGAUGUCACAAGAGAGAGGGAUGAACUCAAAGAAGAGCUGAGGGAAGCUAAAGAAACCAUCCAAUCCCUCUCCACCUCUCCAGAUGGUCAACAGAAAACACAGACUCCUUCCCAAAAGUCUGAGGGGAUUGAAGGGAUGGAGAUGGAGUCUAUACCAGGGAGGAAGUCUGGUCCUGGUCCAGGGAGGGAGUCUGCUCCUGAGAUGAAGCCUUUACUGGGUCCUGGACCACAGAAGGAUGAUCUGGAUGAGCUGGAGAGGGGAGGAAGAGUUACUACAGAAUUUAACUAUGUGCUAUAGGGUUACUAUAGAGAGACUAUAACUAUAGAGCUGAGUUACUAUAGAGAGACUAUAACUAUAGAGCUGAGUUACUAUAGAGAGACUAUAACUAUAGAGCUGAGUUACUAUAGAGAGACUAUAACUA